AUGCCCCCCAAAUCAGCUCUGAAAGAUAUCCGAGCUUCAUUGGAUGCUGGUGACUUUGCGCAAGCUGCGGCAAAAGCAACACAGCUCUGUGAACAAGAUCCGCAAAACUAUCACGCCCAUGUAUUUCUAGGUCUCGGCCUUGAUAAACUGAACGACCCCGAUGCAGCAGAGCGUGCCUAUAUCGGUGCUACUAAAAUUAAGGAGAAUGAUAAGACGGCAUGGCAGGGGUUGAUAAACUUGUAUGAGGGCCGAGGAAACAAGAAACUGGAUGAUUACGAAUCUGCCGUGAUUAGGCUAUGUCACAUCUUUGGAGAAGCAGAUGAAAGGAGUCGCGCGCAAGCAGCAGUUGACAAAUAUAUUUCUUUCGUCAAAAAGAAUGGCACCUCCAACCAGUAUAAGAGGGCCCUGGAGUUACUACUACCUCAUAGUCCGUUGUUCAAUGUCUUGGAAGGCUUGAUCCCCCACCCGUCUCAGACAUACCUUCAGGUGAUUGAGCUCUCUGAAGCAGAAGAGAAGCAGUUCAUCAACCGUGAGAUUGGCGAAAGAAGGACUAGACUGGGGGCCAAAAUUGAUCAAGUCACUGCAGAAGUUAACCUUGAGGCCUUUCAGCGCAGUAACCUUGAUAAAUUGUAUCGCGGUAUCGUUGACUGGACAUAUGAUGAUGCCACACGGCGAACUUAUGAAGAAAAGCUCCUACAGCGAGGAUAUGACUACCUUUUAGCCCUCCCAGCCGGGAAGAAACCUGAACAGCGGAAAUAUGUUUUGAAGUCUGCAGAGGACAUGGUUAUCAUCCACCACCCUUUUGAACUUGCAUGGAAAAUCGUAUUAGAAUGGAAGGACGUCAGCGAAAUUUCUGAAUUGGACGUUACCGUUUUAAGGGAAUUCAUUCACCUAUUUCCAGACGAUGGGCUCAGUAAAGUUCUUAAAGGGUUUUUGGCUAGUGGUUUAUCCCCUUUCCCUGAAGAGGUGGACUCCGCGGAUCAGCACGACGAAUCCGCAGCCGCGGCUGGAGAUUCUGCUGAAACUGAAAACCCGAUCGCAGCGGAUGACCAUUUGCUGCUGAUGACCGAAGGUCUAGAGCAAUCCCCCGGCUCUCUACUAUCCCAUAGAAUAAUGGGGGACGUGUAUCUCGCGCUUGAAGAAGUCCAGUCCGCCACUGAAGUUAGUCGUAAGGGCUUGAUGGUUGCAUCGGAUCUUCAACGACGGACUGGUCUAAAACUUCGCAAUACAAUCGAUUCUAUGAAUGCUACCCUUGCAACUGCUCUCAUCACGUAUCAAUCCCCCAAAAAUCACCCUGAAGCCAGAGAAAUUUUUGAGGAUAUCUUGAAACGGAAUCAGUUAUCAACAAGGUGCCUGCUGGGAUUGGGACUUAUUUUUGAAGAAGAUCAAGACUAUGAACAAGCGGUGGAGUUGCUCGGAAAGGCCUUGCAACGUGACACUGAAAAUGCCAGAAUCCGAUGCGAGCUCUUCUGGUGUAAGGCGCGUUGCGGAAAUCUUGAGGAAGCGAUGGCUGGUCUGGAGGAUACCCUUGCAAUGAUUCAACCUGGACAGCCUAAAUAUCGUGACCUAAAGUCUGUGAUAUUAUACCGCCUUGGACAAUGCCAAUGGGAACUGGACACUUCACCGGCGGCAAGGAAAGACCGAAACGGCGCGUAUGCCAGUUUCCUUGGUUCAAUCCAGUCGAAUAUGAACUAUGCACCAGCGUAUACCAGCCUUGGAAUAUACUACGCAGACUAUAAGAAGGAUCAAAAAAGAGCAAAACGCUGUUUUCACAAGGCAAUCGAGCUCUCGUCUUCCGAAAUUGAAGCAGCUGAGCGAUUAGCUCGAGAUUUUGCCAACCAAGGGGAUUGGGACCUUGUCGAAGCAAUAGCUCAGCGAGUCGUAGAUUCAGGAAAAGCCAAACCUGCGCCCGGUUCGAAAAGAAAAGGCCAUAGUUGGCCAUAUGCUGCCGUUGGUGUGGUUGAGGUAAAUCGACAACAAUAUACUAAGAGCAUUGUUUCUUUCCAAACGGCGCUUCGCAUAUCACCAGGUGAUUACCACUGCUGGGUUGGCCUGGGAGAAAGCUAUCACAAUUCCGGUCGAUAUAUCUCGGCUAUCAAAUCAUUCCAGCACGCCCAAGCAUUGGAGGAAGCUCUAUCAGAGACCGACAAAGAUCACAUUUGGUUUGCGAGGUACAUGACGGCGAAUGUUAUGCGAGAACUUGGGGAUUUCCCAGAGGCUAUUUCUAGGUACAAGGACGUUCUCAGCAUGAAGCCUGAUGAAUUUGGAGUUUCAAUUUCCUUAUUGCAGACUUAUACUGAAAGUUCUUGGAAAUCCGUUGAAUCCGGGGUUUUUGGUGAUGCUGCCGAAACUGCCACGGCAGCUAUCAACAUUGGCAUAUCAAUCGCAAAGCGUCGUCCGAAUUCGGUGAAUUUAUGGAAAGCGAUCGGUGAUGCAUUCUCCAUAUUCUCUUGGAUUGAAAAUAAGGCGUCAUCUAUGCCUAUCUCGCAGUUCAAGUCGCUUCUGGAGGCACAAUGUGAUCCAGAAGCCUUACAGGUGCUGGGAGACCUUGACAAUAUAGGCUCAAACUAUAAGGUCCUUGAAACGUCGACAUCGAAUUUGCCAAUGAUCGCUGCCAUUUUAGCGUACAAGAUCGCGUUAGCAGUCUCUAAUGCUGACGUUCAUGCCCGUGCCAUAGCCUGGUACAAUUUAGGCUGGGCCGAGUAUCGUGCGCAUACACGCCACCGAGUGCAGCAAAACAAAUCCGGAAAGGGGAAACGUAGCGGUUUUCUUACCGCCUCUAUGUGUUGUUUCAAGAGGGCAAUUGAGCUUGAAGCCGGUAAUUCUGAGUUUUGGAACGCGCUCGGUGUUGCCUGCAUGGUGUUAAGCCCCAAGGUUGCACAGCACUCAUUUGUCCGAAGCCUGCAUAUCAAUGAUAGAAGCGCCUCGGUAUGGACGAAUCUAGGGGCGCUGUACCUCUUGCAUAAUGAUUUUCAGCUAGCAAGCGAAGCGUUUACUAAAGCACAAUCCACAGACCCGGAUUUUGCACACGCCUGGUUAGGGCAGGCGCUUCUUGCAUUUUUAAUCGGGGAUCUAUCCGAAGCACGAGAGCUGGUCACACACGCAUUUACCUUGGGAAAUGCAAGUUUAGUUUUUCCCAAACGUCAGUAUGCGAUUUCUGCAUUUGACCAUCUUAGCUCUAGCUCAGGAUCCAGUGAUCUGUCUCAUCUUAUCCAGCCGCUUUUUGCGCUGCAUCAACUUCACACCCAAGAGCCGUCCAAUUCUCCUUACGACCAUCUUUCCGGACUUCUAGCAGAACGUCUCGGAGACGCUAAUGACAUGAAAUCAAGUCUCGAUCGGGUCUGCUCCGCCGCCGAAGCGGAAUACGAAGCAACAGAAUCGAUAUCCGCUUUGUGUCGAUAUUCGCAAGCCAAAGCAGAUAUCGCUCGCGCGCAGCUUGCCCUUCUAGAGUAUGAAGCUGCUGCAGAUAGUGCAGAAACCACCCUCAGUUUAUCCGCCGUGGAUGAAGUAGCAGAGUUCGACAACCACCUAUAUAAAAAAAUGCGGCUCUCUGCCCAUUUGACGGCGGGCCUCGCAUAUUACUACUUGAAAGAAAUGGAUAAAUCAAUUGACAUGUUCCGUGAGGCUUUGCACGAAGCGGACAGUUCCCCAGACGUUAUAUGUCUUUUGGCACAGGUUCUGUGGGCCAAAGGAGGGGAGGAGGAACGAAGCGUGGCUCGUGAGCAAUUAUUCGAUUGUGUCGAACAACAUCCCGAUCAUGUUGGAGCUGUCACCCUUCUCGGUAUGAUUGGACUACUGGACAUGGAUGAGGAUGUCAUAGACGCAGUGGAGUCUGAUCUGCGAAGCAUGAGGACCAACAAGGAGAUAGGUAUUCACGACCGGGCAAAGAUAUCCAAAAUUUUGGCGGCAAUUUCAAGUGUGAGCGACAAGCGGCCCGACAUUUCAGAAGAGCAAAAACGAAUUCAACAAGCUAGCAAUUCGGUCAUACUUUUGCCAAGUGAGCCACAAGGAUGGCGAGCACUUGCUGUUGCAUCGUCAGAGGAGUUCCCAGCUCAAAUGGCAGUUCGGACUGCACUUGGGAAUAUUCCACCACACGGCUCGCUCGGUGCAACUGAUCUCGCGAAGGCAUACGCUCUUACUGGACAACGACAAAAUGCCCUAGAGUCUAUCAUGGUGGCUCCUUGGAUGGCUGAGGGCUGGGCAGAAUUAGGUCAUUGUCUUGUCGAAACAUAG